CCAGGCUCUCCAGGCAGGGUUCUGAGCUUCGGUGUGUGCUGGGCGGCCACCCCUCUCCGAUCGGCCGGGUGGGAGCGACCCGAGCCGAGGCACGAGGCCCGCUCCGGCCCGGCCAUGAGCGCGGCCGCAUGAUGCGUCCCUGCCUCGGCCCCUGCAGUCGCCGCCGCCGUCGCCGCCGCAGGCCAGGAGGAGCCGCAGCGCCGGGCGACCCCGCCCGGGCCUCGGAUCCUAUCACAUAGGACAGAAUGUACCUUCAGAUCCUGAAGAAAAGGCACAAAAUGUUCAAGUAAUGUUUCAAAGUAAUUUGUGAGGGCGCAUCAGAAAAUCAUGCCGUCAUCAGGACACCGGCUCCGUGAUGUCGAACACCAUCCUCUCCUGACUGAAAAUGACAAUUAUGACUCUUCGUCCUCCUCUUCCUCCGAGGCUGACGUGGCAGACAGGGUCUGGUUCAUCCACGAUGGCUGCGGCAUGAUCUGCGCUGUCAUGACAUGGCUUCUGGUCAUCUAUGCAGACUUUGUGGUGACGUUUGUCAUGCUGCUGCCUUCCAAAGACUUCUGGUACUCUGUGGUCAAUGGAGUCAUUUUUAACUGCUUAGCGGUGCUUGCCCUGUCAUCUCACCUGAGAACCAUGCUCACCGACCCUGGGGCAGUACCCAAAGGAAAUGCUACUAAAGAAUAUAUGGAGAGUUUGCAGCUGAAGCCAGGAGAAGUGAUCUACAAGUGCCCAAAGUGCUGCUGUAUCAAGCCUGAGCGCGCCCACCACUGCAGUAUUUGCAAAAGAUGUAUUCGGAAAAUGGAUCAUCACUGCCCGUGGGUGAACAAUUGUGUAGGAGAAAAGAAUCAGAGAUUUUUUGUGCUUUUCACUAUGUACAUCGCUCUGUCUUCAGUCCACGCUCUGAUCCUCUGUGGGCUCCAGUUCAUUUCCUGCGUCCGAGGGCAGUGGACAGAGUGCAGUGAUUUUUCACCUCCAAUCACUGUCAUCCUGUUGAUCUUCCUGUGCCUUGAGGGUCUCCUGUUUUUCACUUUCACUGCAGUUAUGUUUGGCACCCAGAUCCACUCAAUAUGCAACGAUGAAACGGAGAUUGAGAGACUGAAAAGUGAGAAGCCCACCUGGGAGCGGAGGCUGCGAUGGGAAGGGAUGAAGUCUGUCUUUGGGGGCCCCCCCUCGCUCCUCUGGAUGAAUCCCUUCGUUGGCUUCCAAUUUAGGCGACUGCAAAUACGACCUAGAAAAGGAGGCCCAGAGUUCUCUGUCUGAGGCCCCUCUUGUCAUGCUGGAACUUGUUAACGGACUUUAAAUUAUUUAUUUGGGGUCUGAAAGGGUAUCAACAGCUCAUCUGUGACCAGUGACCAAUAGGGCAAAUGGAACCUACACAAACCAAUUGCUUGCAGCAAGCAGAAUUUUAUAUACUGUAUUUACAGUCAUGGAUGGCAGAUUUUCCAAACUAGUAACUGGCUGAUGCUCUCAUCAGUUUUCACCUGUACAACAAACGACAUGGAUGUGGCCACAUGAAGAAGCCAAAUGUCAUUAUCUUCCGGCACAGUUAGGGUUUUUGUUAAGCAAACUUCACAUUUUCUAAGAAGUUCUGUGAUAUUACAUGGGUUAUUCUAAUCCUGUGUACUGAGCUGCUGUUUUCAAUCAUGAAGAAAAGAAGUGAAUCCAGUGAACGGGAACCGCCCGAGGGGCGGUGUCAGGGAGUUCCUGUCGGCCCUGUGAUUCCUGAGCGCACUCCCGCGACCGAGAAGGGGCGUUUGCCUAGAGGUACCCUUUGGCCUCCAUUAGUUCUGACACUGCACUGAAUUUGCAAAAGAUCUGUGCACUGAACAGCGAAGGCGGCUUCCGAUACACUCCCAAUGCCCGGGAAGAGGCAUUCUUUGACCCUGCAGCAAGGCCGUGUGUGGGUCUGUGUCUGUGUCUGUGUGCGUGUGUGUGUGCGUGCAUGCAUGUGUGUUUUUAAAUUGCCAGUGUUGUUUAGGCGAUGUAACACUUAACGGCUGUGUGCAGCAAACAAGCUAUUUUUUAGAAACCGACGUUUCAGGGAAGCGGGGAGAGCUGCCCCGGGAUCCUCCUCCCGUGGGGUUCGCUAUGAAUGUAUUGCAAACUGGAGAAUAUCUUGAUCCAAAGAACAAUCAUUCCUGUGUGGUCCUUUGUUGCCCUCCUGUUUUCAUUUUACCUUAAAAAUAUUGAGUGUGUGAGGGCCUUGGGACUGACGUUUUUUUUCGUUCCAGCCAAAUUAGCAGCGUGUAAGCAGCACCAAGGGCUGUGUGUCUGGCAGCCUCCACCUGGUGCAGCUCGUGGGUGUUGGGGGGAGGGGCGGGCACAGCCACAGUGAAACAGAGAGACGGGUUGGCCUCUGGUAGUCAUUGAGGAGGUGAGAGGACUGCAAGGCCACGAGCCCUGGACUCUGCGUCACUUGCAAAGAAUAUUCAGGAUGGCAAUGGCUUGCUUUUCUUUUUUUUAAUCCUUUUUUUUCUCUACCCACGUCACCAGUGAUCCAGUAGGACCCUUGGUGCAGAGCUUAAAACUAUGCCAGAAAGCAAACAGCUCCCCGCCUUGGGGACUCGCCUUAAACUUGCCUGGUCGGUACGUUUCUGCGGGACUCUCGAGGAAGCCAUCUGUGACCGUCCUAGGGUCCCCUUUAAGCCUGCCUCCCACGCUGAGAAGAGUUAGUGUUUCCCUCCUGGUCGUCAUACCCUUCUAUUCAUCUGUGAACCAUUUUUGGUUUUGUUUCUAAUUAAUCUGUACCCUAUCCUAAUCAGGGUUUCUACCACUGCUGAUGCAAAACCACCAAGGGACCUACUUGAGACAACCACAGCCAAGUGAACAAAGCUGUAGGACGUUGUAGAAAUGGACCAAGUCACUACAGAACUGUGUGAGCUAUUAGGGGACGGACUGUGUCACAGCCAGGGGGAUGGGACACACCGUGGGUGAUCCAGGUGAGUUUCCGGAGACUGUUUUGCAUAUUCAUUUGCACAUCUGUCGUCUGGGUUGGACAUGUGUAUUGGGCUUCAGUGUGAGCCUUUUAAUAGGUAUAUCCUGUUUAUCAAUUAAAAAAAAAUUAUCAAAGUGGUUGAAUCCUGUGAGACUUGGCAAGUAUGUGCAAAUCAAGUAUACUUGACUUUUCAACCUCUUCUUUCAAUGUAACUUUUAUAUAAAAUAAAGUCAUCCAUUGAUGGCUCUCAAACA